AGGUGGGGGCGGGGGAGGGAACCAUCUCCUCAUCUCGCAUUUCUCUCCCCCGAGCUCUUCUGGUGGGAACCUUUGCUGAGCUCGUGCGCGCCUCCCGCCCCUCCUCCUCUCCACUCUGGGAGAUCAUCUCCUCUUCUCCCCUCGCUCGCCCCCCUCUCCCCUCUUUCCCUCCCUCCUUCUCUACCGCGUGCCUCCUCCCCUCCCCCUCGACUCCCUCCCCUCCGGCGGCAGCAGCAGUAGCCGCCGCUUCAGCGGAGCAGGAGAUGGGCAGAGAGCGCGCGCCGCGCAGCAGCUCCGGAUCCACAGCCCUCCCCGCCGGCAGCUCCCUGCGCCCCCGCCGCCGCUGUCGCCGCCCCGGCGUCCCCAGGCUCCAGUCCCGCGCCUAGGACAGCGCCGCCACCGCCACCCGGCCCUGCCUGCCGCCUGCGCUGCGCAGUCCUCGCGCGCGCCCGGAUGGCGCUUCCCUCCCUGGACCGGUGACACUCCAUGCCUUUUAUCACCCCAUGUUUCUGCUGAGACUGUUCUCUGCCUGAAACACCCAUGUUCUUUUUGUGGCUUAGAAUGUAAUAAUUCAAGAAUUUUAUAAUACAGUUGAGUAGCUUAACAACUGUUUAUGUGCUUCCCAUGGUAUGUUCUCCAUAUGGGUGAAAUCUUAAUGGCCUUUAAUCAUCCUCAUAUCAUAAUGGACAUACUGGAGAGAAGGAUUUUCUCCACUGUAUAGAUGUAUGAAAUUGUACCAGUAAGCACUGUAUAAUAAAAAAUUAUGACAUCAGCAUCCAAAGGAAUUCUCCGCCCAUUUUUAAUUGUCUGCAUUAUCCUGGGUUGUUUCAUGGCAUGUCUGCUCAUUUACAUCAAGCCCACCAACAGCUGGAUCUUCAGUCCAAUGGAGUCAGCCAGCUCAGUGCUAAAAAUGAAAAACUUCUUCUCCACCAAAACUGAUUAUUUUAAUGAAACUACUAUCCUGAUUUGGGUGUGGCCAUUUGGGCAGACCUUUGACCUUACAUCUUGCCAAACAAUGUUCAACAUCCAAGGAUGCCAUCUUACCACAGACCGUUCCCUAUACAACAAAUCUCAUGCGGUUCUGAUCCAUCACCGAGACAUCAGUUGGGAUCUGACUAACUUACCUCAGCAGGCUAGGCCACCCUUCCAGAAAUGGAUUUGGAUGAAUUUGGAAUCACCAACCCACACGCCCCAAAAGAGUGGCAUUGAGCACCUGUUCAACUUGACUCUGACUUACCGCCGUGACUCAGAUAUCCAAGUGCCUUAUGGCUUCUUGACGGUGAGCACAAACCCCUUCGUGUUUGAAGUGCCGAGCAAAGAGAAGUUAGUGUGCUGGGUUGUAAGUAACUGGAAUCCUGAGCAUGCGAGGGUCAAGUAUUACAAUGAGCUGAGCAAAAGCAUUGAAAUCCAUACAUACGGGCAAGCAUUUGGAGAGUAUGUGAAUGAUAAAAAUUUGAUUCCUACCAUAUCUACUUGCAAAUUUUAUCUGUCUUUUGAAAACUCAAUCCACAAAGAUUACAUCACAGAAAAGCUCUACAAUGCUUUUCUAGCCGGCUCUGUCCCUGUUGUUCUGGGGCCGUCUAGGGAAAAUUAUGAGAAUUAUAUUCCAGCAGAUUCAUUCAUUCAUGUGGAAGAUUAUAACUCUCCCAGUGAGCUCGCAAAAUAUCUGAAAGAAGUUGACAAAAACAAUAAGUUAUACCUUAGUUACUUUAACUGGAGGAAGGAUUUCACAGUAAACCUUCCACGAUUUUGGGAAUCACAUGCAUGCUUGGCUUGUGAUCAUGUGAAAAGGCAUCAAGAAUAUAAAUCUGUGGGUAAUUUAGAGAAAUGGUUUUGGAAUUAAAGUUUUCCAUCAUUUGCACACUUGGAGAAAUUAUUUUGAUGAGCUAUCAUCCAAGUUUUGAGGAUAAGAAGAGAGACAACAUUCUGCUUUUGUGUCACAAUUUAUUUUUAUCACUCUCUCUUGGGUAACAUGUAUAUUUUGAUGGAGAUUUUUGAGAGCUCAGCAUUAGCAAUCACUCCCUUUGGUUUUAAAGUAUCCUGUAUAUACCUAAUUAUGUGCACUGAAAGUUAAUUUAUUCUUUGCUACCAUUUGUAAACAUUGUUUUCCACAUUUUGGUAGUUGUUUGUAAUGUAAGUUUGUGAUAUGAUUGUUGUUUCUACAUUGGUCAGCUGUUUAAUCUAUUUGGGAAAUGAAGAUGCACACUUAAAAUAUGAAAUAUUUUCACUAAAUAUCAUAAUUUCUAGUUCCAACUUUGCAUAAUGUAACAAAGGAAAAGCAUUGGUAAUUGAGUUCUAACCUCUUUGACUUUGAAGUGAACAAAGUGUAUAACUGCCUCUAUUUGAUCUAUUUUUUACCUGUUUACCACAUUUUUUGUGAAGGAAAAAUUAUUCAUAUAAUGAAUAAGAAAGAGACUGAAGCAGAACUGUUUUAUUCAGGAAACUAGUAGACUUCUCAUUUAUUUUCAUUAAGCUGUCUUGCAAAUGCAGCUACCUGUUCUCAUGAUCUUAAGUUAAAUUAUUCAAGUAUUUUUACAUAUCCAAUUUGGGGGGACUUCUAGAACCUGGGAAAUAAUCCUGACAACACUUAAGAAUAUCUAAGACAGUUCUCUUCCCAGUCCUAACACUCGUUAUUAUAAUAAAGCAAACAAUUUCCCCAAAUAACAAAGGAAAAGGAUGUGUACAGAUAAAAAUCAUAUUUAUACAUGGUACAUUUAUGUACAAUUUUGAAUAACAUAUCAAUUUACCAUAUUUGUUCCCUAGCCCCAAUAUUUAAAAGUUUCUAUUUGCCAUACAGACAGUCACAUAGAAAAACAUUUCAGAGGUUUGUCCUAUCAUUUAAAAUAACUUAGAUAAAAUUAUCAUUAAGUUGUAAAUGUAAGAUGUUAAACAUAAUAAAAGGGGGGAAUCUAUAGAAAAUACAAUGCUAACAUGGAGUAAGAUCUCAAUGCAUAUUUAUUGAAUGAAUCAAUGAUUGUCAUUGAAAGUCAUGAGAAAUUUUUGUUUCCAUGGAGUAACAGUUCUAGCCUAGAAAUAUUAACUGGAGAUGAUGUUUUAUAUUUCAUUUUAGUAAUUAUUCAUAUACAGCAUACAUGACCAUGGCUAUGAGGGCUUUACAGAACCAAAAUAAAUGUUUCAUUACUCUAAGUUUUUGGAAAAAUUCAUCCCUGAAUCUCCAGUUGCUAUACAGCAUUUUUCCUCUGUAAGGUUAAGGACUGGAUAUAAGCAGAAAUUAUUAGUAGGUGAGAAAAGAUGGGAUGUUAAGGAAAGCAUUUCCCAAAAGACUCUUUAAUGACUCUAUUCCAUUCAGGCCAAAAACCCAACAAAAGAAUUGGGAUGUUCUGAUGACAUCCAUUUGGAUCUAAUUCUAAUUGUCCUGCUACAUGUCAACAUUAGCAGUUGAACACAAAUCCACAAUCUUCUACAUCAAAUGAAAGUCAGAUAGAGGCAAACUUCAGUUCAGUAAGUACUCCAGACUCCCUUGUGUACGAAUGGGCUCUCUGGAACACUAGAAGGAUUGGAACAGAGGAAGAUUCCUGCAUUAGAUGGAGAAAUGUUUGAUCCUCAAGUUCAUUUCUUACCCAUGUUGAACAGGUCUUUUGUGUCAGGCAACACCCUAACCAGAGAUAAAGAUGAGCAAGGUACUAUCACUGCCCUAUAGGAGCUUACAAUUCAGUGGAGAGAUACACAGAAGCUUUCUUUGAGCCUAUGUUUAUGCACAUACUACUCUCAAUGGAGUUGAUUUGAGUCACUGCUGAUUUAAUGAAAAUGAGGUAGCAAAUUUCCCCAGUUGCUUAGGGAUUUGACGUAUUUCUGAGCUGCAAACUUUGUUUACUCAUUUGAUCCAGUUUUGCUUCCCUCCAUAUUAUCUCUUCUAACCACACUGCAUCAAGAAAUAGUAUGUUUGUGUGGAUGCCCUCUUACAUAAGAACAGAUCUCCACCCACAUUUAUUUCAUCAUGUUAAAACAGUCUAAUUCAUAUAUUUACACUUACUUUGUUAUCUUUUGGGCCUGUAAAAAGCAUAGGGAUCUAAACAGGAUGCCUGGCUAACAAGUUUAGCAAGCAUCUGCUUCUUCAAAAGCAGAAAUGCAUUCAUCGUCAUGACAACCCAUCUUUGUUAUGGUGGGUGCUCAUGAUUUCAAAGAACUGAUAAACCUGAACACAUCGCCUCUCUUGUCAACUUGAACUUGGUCUCUUUUGUAGACUGUCUAUGAUCACCUGUUGAUAAUGUGAUCCAAGCCAAGGUAAUAACACCAAGUGACUAACUGGCACAUCUGUCUGUUGAAAACCUGUUACCGACUCCCAGAAGUUUAACUUUUCUUAAUUUGAAGUGCCAAAAUGAACGAGUCAACUUACCCCAUCCGUUAUGGGCCCAUUUAUCCAUAGGUUUUAGGGCUAGAUGGCAUUAUAGCAAUGUUUACACGCCAAUUCCUUUAUUCUACUUAUGAGUAAAUCAGAUCCAGAGAUAAUAUUUAUGAAAGAAACAUGUUCACACACACCUAUCACACACACACACACACACACACACACACACACACAGCUACUGCCAUGGCCAAGAUUGGAAUGUAAAGGUGCUGUAUCUUUUAAUUCUAUAUUCUUUUCUUCGAAUUCUCAC